UUGCUCUUGUAAAGCAUCAGCUUUUUUUGGGAGGUAUAGGCAGUCAGGUGGAGCCGUCCCAAAGUCCAGCCGGCUGUAUGCGUUUUGGCCUCCGAAACCCCACAGUUAAGCCGCCCUCAUCUGUGAGAUCGCUCAGAUAGCUUUGCUUCAGACUGCGAACAUGGAGGAUUCAUCGGAGCAGUCCCAUUGGGCGUCUCCCGCUCUGCUCAGUUCGGACCCUCUGGCCGCGUUCACCUCUGACCCCGGCCUGCUGCCCGCGGGAGACGAGGGCGAGGCCUUCUUCUCCGGCCAGGACCCCGACUACGCCAGUCUGCCCUCGUUUUUCCACAACCCGAGCCACAGUCGGGCUCCACCCACCUACAGACACAGCUCAGUCCGGCAGGUGUUCGGCUCCCCGGGCCUCUUCAGCAACCUCCAGCUCCUGGACGGGCCCACCACCCACUCCCUGAGCUCGGCCUACAGCCCCAGCGUGUCCACCUGGAGCGGCAGCCCCCUUUCCAAAACGCUCUCCCACACCCCGACCUCGCUCUACACCCCCGUGGUCACCUCCUCGUUCACCGCCGCCGGGGAGGGCCGGGAGAGCCCCCGGCUCCAGGAGGCCCUCAAAGCGGAGCGCCUGAGCCCGCUGAGCGGCUCCGGGGCCGGCGGCAGCUUCCUGAACCUGACCCCGGCCACGGGGAGCAUGUACACGCCGUCCCCCCACUCCCACCCGCACAUGCUCAGCCCCUACGGCUCCUACAUGAGCGGGCCGCAGGACUACGGCUCGGCGGCGCUCUACUCCGGCGCCGGAGGCUGGAUCAGCCCCUCAUAUUCUCCCAAACUCCGCAACAAGAUGAGGGCCACCACUCCAGAGUGCGUGAACUGCGGAGCCACGGCGACGCCGCUGUGGCGCCGGGACGGAACGGGCCACUACCUGUGCAACGCCUGUGGGCUCUACCACAAGAUGAACGGCCAAAACAGACCUCUGAUCCGGCCCAAGAAGAGACUGAUCGUCAGCAAGCGUGCGGGUACCCUGUGCGCCAACUGUCACACCAGCACCACCACCCUGUGGAGACGCAAUGCCAACGGAGAGCCAGUGUGCAACGCCUGUGGACUCUACUUUAAACUGCACAACGUCAAUCGGCCUCUCACCAUGAAGAAGGAAGGCAUUCAAACGCGCAACAGAAAAGUCUCCAACAAGAACAAGAAGAGCAAGAAGGCGGCCAUGUUGGAGUCCUACUCGGACAUGGGUCAGGCCCCCUCGCUGGACGACGCUGGGCCCUUUUCCCUCGGCCCCGGGGCCCUGCUGACCUACGGCCACACGCCGCACCUCAUCCCCACGCCGUCCAGCGGCCUACCAUACCCACACCACCUGAACACUGGCAUCGUGCCCACGCUGGUGUAGCUGGAUUUCCGGCGGGAAAAUCGGCGGGAUUUUUUUUGUCUUCGUCGUUUCGGAUGAUGGACGGAUGUUAUGCGAACGGAGAUUUAUUUUCACUGUAUCUUAUCAGACGGAAUUACGUAAACAUUUUUGUUGUUUUGCGAAAUGGCAGAUAAAAUCAGUGAGCUCACCAUGCUUGUAUACACACUGAUAAGGGGGCGAUCUUUCAGCUGUAAAUACAUAAAGAUGUAUCUGAUUUGAUGGCUGAAUGUGAAUUUUCAAAUUCCUUUUUUUUUUUUUGUCAUUGGUGAUGUGAAAUUUUUACAUCAGUUAUGUGUUUUUGUGGGUUUCUGUAAUGUAUUUGCAUACCUGAUGGUGGAGAAAAUAAAAAAAAAAUUU